AGUUCAGAGUUGGCAGACCGCAGCUCUGGGCCAUCCGGCAAGCCGAAGGUGCCGCUCGAGUUCAAGGACUUCGAGCCGCCACCUGACAAAAACUGCCGGACCAUUCUCUAUUAAAGUUUCUUCUUCAUCCUUCGUAGGAUUGCUGUUGCAUAUAUUGCCCGAGAGCUGUGUCAGGAGCAGGACAUCCACUUCAUGGGUGGCUUGGUUGAAGAUUGGGCAAGCUGCCUUGCCAGGGAUGGUGUGCACCCGAGCCGCCACGGAAACCGGCUGUUGGCAGACUACUUCUACAGGGAGGCCCGCAUCCUGGCUGCCACUGUGGAGAGGGGCCGAAUCCUGCACAACUACAAGGACAGGCAGGCGCCAUCUUCCUGGAGUGGCUGGGCAGAACCACCUGCAGCACCUGCCUUAAGCAGUGCCGACUUUCCUCCCCUUGAAGCUAACUUUAUUUCUCCUGCAGCAAGCAAGCCAUCGUGGGUGAAGCCAAGAACACCGGCGCAGGUGACCAGCCGUGCUUCCUUGCAGGCGUGCAACACCGACCAGCUUCCUUGUGCCCUUCAGGGUCCUGGCUUUGCUCUCGUUGGCGGUGUUCGCGUUCGCCGCAAGGGCAGCAAGACCUGGUGCACCUGGGACAGCCUGCCUUCACCCAUGACCCAUGGUUCAAGGGUACCGAGAAGGGGAAAGGCUGAGGUGAGGCUUCAAGGCCAUGUUCCUUCUGCUAAGCCAGUGAGCCUCAGCCGAGGUGCUAGCACCACUUGUUCCAGGGUCAUGGGAGGAGUCAUACAGGCAAGUCCUUCUCCUCACUUAUCCACAGAGAGCGUGGCUGAGGCAGGACACAAUUCCCAUGGUGUGAGGAAUGAAAACCCACCACUUUAAGGUGCCAUGAAAGAGCAGCUGCUGCUUCAAUCUUCAAGAGGUCUGCCAAAUACAGCUAUGCAUUUGCACUGAGAAAAUGUUACUUAGCUCUUUCAGAUUGUUCAAAUAAAGUGGUUUAUCAACAGAAC